GAAAGAGUAAGAGAAAAAUAAAGAGUGAGAGGGAGACACAGAGGGAUAGAAAGACAGCGAGCUGUGGAGCAGUAGCUCACCUGAGUGUACUGAGUGCAGGUGAGGGAGGAGCAGAACAGGUGUGUGUAUAAAGUGUGUGAAUGUGGUUCUGCUCUCAGACCGACACUCUGACACUUCAUGAUGAGAGCCCUGCUCUGUCUGUGGAUCACUGGAUCUGUUCUCUCACUGCACCGCACAGAGGAGGUGCAUCCUCAGCUGAAUGAAUAUGAAGUGGUCCGUCCAGUACGGCUUCACAUGCACCAGCGGAGACACACACAGUCCUCACACACAGACACAUUCUCGUAUAGAGUGGAGCUGAAGCAGAAGAACAUUGACCUUCAUUUGAGGAGAACCAGAGAACUGAUCAGCCCAAACUACACUGAGACUCAUUAUACACCCAAUGGGACCAGAGUGACCACUAGCCUUCAGGAUCAGGGAGAUCAUCAGUGCUAUUAUCACGGCUCAGUUGGAGAUGACCAGCAGUCCAUAGCCAGCAUAAGCACAUGUGAAGGUCUCAGAGGGUUUUUCAGAGCGGGAGGUCAGGACUACAUGAUUGAGCCUCUGACGGGCAGCGAAACUGGAGAACAUGCAGUGUUUAAGGCUGAAUUCUUCAGAAGCAGCGGCUUCUCCUGUGGAGUCACCAACCAAACCCUGGACUCUGCACUGCCCAGAUUCAACGUCAGAGUGCCGCAUCGAUCUGUGUUUGCUGAGCAAGAUUCACAAACACAAACUGUUCUGGAUGAACAGAAGUACAUUGAGAUGUUUCUGGUCGUGGACAACAGUGAGUUUCGGAAGUUAGGGAGCGACGUGACCAAAGUGAGGAAGAGGAUGUUUCAGAUCAUCAACUUCGUUAACAUGGUGAGUUGUUUUGGUAGUCUGCUUUACAUUAGCACAAAGCUGCUUUAUGAUAAACAGUGUUUCCUCAGGUUUACCUUUCCCUUACACACAUUCAUCGCUCUGGUGGGGUUGGAGGUGUGGUCAGACGGAGAUAAGAUAAACAUCACUUCCUCUGCAGCCAGAACUCUGUCUGCGUUUACACAAUGGAGGACAAACGAACUGAACACCAUUAAGGAAAACGACAAUGCUCAGCUCAUCACAGCGAUAAACUUUGGCUCUAUAGUGGGCCUGGCAAACGUGGGAAGCCUGUGCACCAUGGACUCCACCACUUUAGUUCGAGAUUUCUCGUCCAAUGCCCUGGAGACGGGAGCCGUGUUAGCACAUGAACUUGGACACAACCUGGGCAUGCUUCAUGAUACAUCAUCCUGCUCCUGUGUUGAGGCUCACUGCAUCAUGGCUCCAGUACUCAGUAACCCCCCUCCUGAGCACUUCAGUAACUGCAGUGUGGCGGAGUAUGUGCAGUUCCUACAGUCGUCUCCUGCUCUGCAUUGUUUGCUGAAUGAACCUGCUAACGGCUCCAUCAUCUCCCCACCCAUCUGUGGAAACGGCUUCCAGGAGGAGGGAGAGGAUUGUGACUGUGGCCCCGUGGAGGAUUGUACAGACCCAUGCUGCCACGCUGCCACCUGCACCUUUACCCAGGGAUCACAGUGCUCCUCCGGAGACUGCUGCAACAACUGCAAGUUCCUGCCUCUGGCCACCAUGUGUCGGAACAUUCAAAGUGAGUGUGACCUGCCUGAGUACUGCAGCGGGACGAACGCAGACUGUCCAGAAGACACAUACCGAGUGAACGGCCUUCCCUGCAGAAACAACAGUGGCUACUGCUAUGACGGCCAAUGUCCACUCAAACUGGACCAGUGCAUCAGCAUGUGGGGAGACACUGCUGAAGUGGCCCCGGAGUCCUGCUACGAUCUGAACACAAGAGGCACGCAUUACGCGUACUGCAGACGCCCGUAUCCACAAGACUAUAUAGCGUGUCCAGAGAACUGUACUGACAGCCACAGACUGCAUGCUGUCCCAGAAAAGCCCAGAGACACUUAA